UGAGGAAAUAAAAAGCCAGGAGGUGGAGAAGACGGGUAACCUGGCCGCCGUGACCACUGCUCUGGACCCUCCCUGGUACCUCAGAGACCCGCCCGGGGACCAUUCCUACCAGGAUGGGGAAGGUCCUGCUGUCACUGCUGGGCCUGUCUGGCCUGAUCUUCCUGUCGGUGGAUACGUCGCUCCUGUGCCACAGCUGCCAAGUCCUGCUGCGUGGGCACUGUUUGAAGGGCCCUUCCAUCUGCAUGGCGGAGCACAACGAGUCCUGCUACGCCACCAGGAUCCUCAUAUCCCACCUUGGAAACUACUUUGUUUGGUCCAGCAUGCAGGGUUGCCUGAAGAACUGCCACAACCAAAUUUCAUUUCUUGGGAGACAGAGGGUGAUCAGAUUCUGCUGCGACCACGAAGACUUCUGCAAUGUCAUCACAUAACCGGGCCUGCUCCGGACCCUGGACACCUGCCCCAACUUGACCCCCUCCCCCUGCCCCGCAACCUUGCCCCACUGUGGCCGGGGAAGGCCCAGGGUGAGGAGCCAAGGUCCAGGGAACCCCGGGGGCGUGGAGGCGCUGGAUGUCAUGAUCGCUUUUUCCCAUAAAUUCUAU